AUGAUGGUCGCAUCCCCUCCUGGGUCGCCGGACGCCGUCACCCGUUCACGACCGCAGUCGAUGUAUGGUGCUUCCUCACCCGAUGGACCUCUAUCCAAACAACGCCCUCAGAGUGCCAUGAUGCGCCCACCUCGAAGUUACAGCCGCAUGAGCCAAAGCAGUAAGCAGAAUGCCAGCAGAUUGUCGGAUGAAGAUAGCAAUACGUCUGUCAAAGUUGCCGUUCGUGUCCGACCUCCGCUCGGUCCUACUGACCCCGGCUUCGACCUGAUCCCCCAACGUUUCCAGAAAUCUAUGGUCCAGGUGACUACGCCCACGAGUCUCGGUGUCGAUUCGCCGCAAGGCCGCAAGCUCUUCAUCUUCGAUCGCGUAUUCGGCGAGGACACUACUCAGAAAGGCGUCUGGGAAUACCUACAAGACAGUGUCGAGUCGUUUCUUCAAGGGUACAAUGUCUCAAUUCUCGCAUACGGCCAAUCUGGAUCGGGCAAAAGCCACACAAUGGGCACGUCAGGCCCCUCAGAUCAGCGCGACGUUGCCACGAGGGGUGUCAUUCCCCGCGCCGCGCAGCACAUGUUUGAUACUCUGGGAGGAAAUCGGCCGGCCCACAGCAGGACGAACUCAGGUAUCACAGGUCUCAAGGCUCCUAAUCGCUACUCGGUGAGUAGUCUCAAUCACGUCCUCCAGGGCUCCAAGAAUGGGCCCGAUCAGGACUGGGAGAUGACGGUGACAUAUGUGGAAAUCUACAACGAGCAGCCCCGCGAUCUACUGCUCCCAGAAGCCACACCACUUUAUGAGCGCCCAAACGUCCAGAUUCGUGAAGAUCCCCGUGGCCGCAUCUUCGUGGAAGGCCUCAAGUCUGUCAGAGUCAACUCCAUUGAUGAGCUCAUGGGUGUCCUCAACCACGGUUCCACCAUCAGACAAACAGAUGCGACCGCUAUCAACGCGCGCUCGUCAAGAUCUCACGCUGUGUUCACUAUCAACCUCCGGAGAAGCAAGCUCCAGUCAGCCCCAACUGCUCCCAAGGACAAGCGAAUGUCUAUGCCCAUCGAUGCCCUCACGAAUGCCGACGGGCCCGUCAUCACAGUCGAGAGCAAGCUGCACUUUGUCGAUCUGGCUGGAAGCGAGCGUCUCAAGAAUACGCAAGCGACUGGUGAUCGUGCCAGGGAAGGUAUCUCUAUCAACGCUGGACUUGCCAGCCUGGGGAAGGUCAUUUCCCAGCUCUCAACGCGAUCUGCUGGCAUGCAUGUUUCUUACAGAGACUCUAAAUUGACCCGUAUGCUUCAGGAUUCGCUGGGUGGCAACGCCAUCACCUACAUGAUUGCCUGUGUUACUCCAGCUGAAUUCCAUCUCAGCGAGACUCUCAACACUGUCCAGUACGCGCAGCGUGCUCGGAAUAUUCAGAGCAAGCCCAAGAUCCAGCAGGUCAACGAUGACAGCGACAAGCAAGCUGUGAUUGAUCGACUCCGUACUGAGGUUGCCUUUUUAAGGCAACAAAUUCGCAGCGCCGAGACUGGUGAGCGCCGUCCUGCUGCUGUUCUUGAACGUUUGGAUCGUCCCAGCGAGAGAGAGUCAGAUCUGCAGAAUCAAUUGCUAGACGUACAAGAGAGCUACACGUCGUUGAGUCAGCGACAUGCGAAGCUCAUUUCAGAGCUAGCGAAAUCUGGUGGAGACGUCAACGAACUCAACUCAGUUACCGGCGAGAGCGCAAUCUCGAGACUCAAGCGGUCACAGGCUCAACAGCAGCAAAUCGAGCAAAUGGUCCUCGAAUAUGAAAAGACCAUCCAAACUAUGGAAGCGAAUCUCUCCACGACCAGAUCGCACCUGUCCACUACAGAAAGCACCCUGCUCGAGAAAGAGACCAAAUGUGCCUAUGCCGAGACGAUGAAUCACCAGCUCACCACUCGCGUACAGAAACUUAUGGAUCGCGAGGGCAAUAUGGAGCAGUAUGUCCAUGACCUCGAGGCCAGACUUGAGGAUCAGAGCUCUGGAAGCGAGAAGAGCGACGCCAUUCUGGCUGACCUCCGCAAAGAGAUGGCCAGAAUCCGAGAGAGCGAGAGCAAUGCUGAAGACUACAUUUGCACUCUCGAGGAGCGUCUAGCUGAGGCCGACCAAGACAUGGACAUCAUGCAGCGUGAGGUCGAGCGACUCGAGCAUCUGGUCGACCGACAACGCAGCCUUGGCAAGCUUGACAACCUUCUUUACGAGCUCGAUCAUGUUCAGCGCAAUGACACUAAGAAUUCGAAGCAGAAGCAUGUCCGCGCCAAGUCAGGUAGACCGGAGCCAUUGACACCGAACGGAGUGCACAAGAUGGAGCGAGACACAGUGGUCGAAGGUGCCGAAGAAGUCGAGCUCCCAGAAGAGGACAAGGAUGAUUUGCAGGAGCCGCAGGAGCCGAGUGUCCAAGAACAGCCGGCAGAGCAACGACCUGAGGCGGAGACUGACAAGCAGGGAUUGGAGCAGCUUGAGAAGGCUACCGCACUAUCGCCGCCUCGAUCCUCUGAUGCAGAUGAGCUGCUUCCUAGCCCCGCUCAGGAAAAGUUCGUCGCUGAGAAGUUCGAAUCUUUGAGCCAUGAGCUCUUCGACCUGCGUAUCGAGCACGAGUCUACCGUCAACCAGCUGGAGCUGAUGUCUGCCAAGUAUCAAGAAGCUCUCCGUGCUCUCGCUGAGAUGCAGCAAGAUUCCAUGGACGAGGCCCGGCACGCACCCCAACAAGACCCCGACAACAGUCCCAUGCCGGACGCUCACCCGGCAACUUUUUUAGAAGACGCAAGAAUACAGGACAGCCGAAAUGGCGGACACUUGUCAUCUUCGCGUUCGCUCUCUUCGGAAUUGUCCUUGGCUGGGGAGUCGCAUACAUCAGCAGACACCGACAUCACUCCCGUCUCUAAGCAGCAACCGUCCGGAGAAGUUGCCUCCAAGGAGAUCGAGCGACUUCAGAGUCUUCUGGCUGAGCACGAGCGUGAGAAAAGUGCGGUUGUGGAGCAGUACAGCGCUCUCGAAGCCGAGCACAAGGAUGCUCUCAGCACAGUCGAGAAGCUCAAGACGGAAGUCAGCAAGGCUACUCGCCCAGGCUCGCCUAGCCCGAGCACUAUGCAUCCUGGCGUACUCAGACGCAUGACUUCGCUACCAAAUUCAGGCGUCGAUCGUGGUCAGCGAUCUAUCGUCUCCCUUCGUACCAUUUUGGCGGAGGAGUUGGACGACAAGCCCGAUCGACUGGAGGCUCUUGAGGUGCACCUGACCUCCGCAGGCCACGAGCUCCAGACGCGCAAAGAUCGGAUUGAUGCCCUGGAGGCCGACGUCAAGAACGCUAAGCGGGAGAUGGACAUGAAGACGACCAUCAUCUCAGGUCUCACGCGCGAACGCAACAGCAUGAAGGCUGGGUCUCCGGUCGACCUGUCCAUGGUGUCUCAGAUGCGUGAUCAGCUGAUUCAGAAGGAGACCGAGCUCAAGUCGCUGCAUGAAAGCUACUAUAAGAGGGAGCAGGAACUGCAGGACGAAUUGCGCAAUUUGCAAACCGAGCGCUCUAGUCAGCAAUCUCCUUCCGUGCCGCAGGAAUCCAGUGAGACGCAAGACCGUAUCAAAGGCCUCGAGAUGCAGCUGGAGGAUAUUACUACCAAGCACGACGCAGCAAAAGGCUUGGCUGAUGAGUCUGCUCGACAACUCGCAGUCACCAAAGCCGAGCUCAGCACGGCGCUAGCUUCGGUUGAGACUAUCAAAGCUUCACACCGGGGAGUCGACGGUGCUUCGCCCGAGCCUGAAGCCGCCGCCAGCGCUUUCAAGGAGGAGCGGGAGAAUUAUGAGCAACUUGUCCAGGGACUCAGAGAUGCGCUUGAUGAACAGCAAUCGUUGACCACAUCCCAGAAGGAGAAAAUUGCCGAACUUGUCGAGCUGCACACUCAGAUGAGCAAGGAUGCUGCCGCCCUGUCCCAGCAACUCAAGUCAAGCGACGCACAAGUCGCGAGCUUGAAGCCUCGUAUUGGUGAGCUGGAGACUGAGCUCAAGGAGGCCAAGUCAGCUGUCGAGUUCCACAAGCAUGGACUUAAGUCGCUCCACGAUGCUCACGCCAACGAGAUCGAGGAAAUGAAGCUGUCCCAUGCCGGCCAACUCGCAACUUACGAUGACACGAUUGCCGAGUUAAAUGCCAAGCACGACAAGCUUAACAGGUCAUACAGUGACGAUGUCUCUGGCAGCAGAGAUAUCCUCGACAGUGUGGUGCGGGAUGCACAGAAAGCUCUGGGUCAUCCCACCACUGCUGAUAUGCUUGCCAACCACAUUCAGGAUCUGGCUGAGGAGAAGGCAGCAAUCGCGGCGAGCGUUAAACGUCUUCAAGGUACCAACUUGGAGCUCGAACGCCAACUAACCGGCCGUCAGAACCUGCAAGAGCUCGAGGCGGAGAUCGAGGCGCUGAACACCAAGGUGGCCAAUUACCAGGAUACUAUUCGCAACCUGGCCAACGAAGUGGGUAACCACGAAGAGGCCAGCCGUGAGAAAGACAUUUUGAUCAAGAAGCAUGAAGCUGCUAUUGAUGAUCUCAACGAAGAGAAGGUCAAGAAGAACGAUCUGAUUGAAGAGCUGGAGCAGCAGCUUCAGAACAGCUUCGACCAGCACCAUAACCGCGUAUCGGUGAUCCAGGCCCAAGGCAACCAAGCUCUGGUUGAAGCACAACACCGGAUUGCACUGUUGGAGAAAGACUUGGGAGGCGCACAGCGGGCCUCGUACAACGACUCGGACCAAGGGUCACGUACCAACACGAUGAAGUCGCAGCGGCCUCAGUCUCCCCCGAUUACGGAUGCUCAGCAGCGGUCCAAUUCGCUGUCUUCUAAUCUACGCAAGUCAGCAUCGAUCGCGUCGCUGCCCUCGCCGCCACCAGCUAUUCCCCUUCCUCCACUUCCAACUCUCCCUGGUAUCCAGAACGCUGCGGCCAGCAACCCAUCACCUCCACAGUCCCGGCAUACCUCCAAGGAGGUCACGCUAUCGCAGCCUCCGAACUCGGGCACCAAGGACCGGGACUCUGCAUCGGCGGAGAAGCUCAAACGUCAGUCGGCGCUCAUUGAGGAUCAAGAAGGGCGGAUCCGAACGAUCGAGAAGCACCUGCAUGCAGAGAAGCAACUCACGGCGACUCUCGAGGAGGCGCUCGUGGAUCUCGAGACGCAAUCGAAUAAGCUCCGGGCUGAUGCCGAGGGGUGGAAGAAGAAGGCUUGGGCAAUGGAGGAGGAGAUUACUGGGCUCAAGAAAGAGAAGAAGAGCGAGCGACUGAGCGUGCAAGCAGUCGAGGAAGAAGUCAAGAAGCGACGGGAAGCCGAGGCUGCCCGAGCUCAACUGGAAGAGCGGAUGAGGUUGCUGACGGUUGGAGACAAGAAGAAGAAGAAGGGUGGUGGACUGAACUGCUUCUAG